ACAAAACAAAGCAGCUACAUUUUUAUUUCUCGAUCUCUCACAGUCACACACUAGUUUUUAUCCCACCCUUUUCUUUUCACUCUCUCAGACUCACUCUCAUAUCUAUAUCCACCUUGUAUAUUAUUUUUCCUUGUAGUCUACAUAGAAAUGGAAGGAGAUGAAGCAGAGACAUCGACGAGUCAUGAUAAGAAGACAGUUUUACGAAAGUUCAGAAGUAUAUGUGUAUUUUGUGGGAGUAGAGCUGGUUAUAAUUCUUCAUUCACUCAUGCUGCUCUACAGCUUGGUAAACUCAUGGUUGAGCGGAAGAUUAAUUUGGUUUAUGGUGGAGGAAGCAUUGGCUUGAUGGGAAUGAUUGCUGAAACUGUUUACAAAGGUGGUUGCCAUGUUCUUGGGUAUGUAAUCACACCACAAACAUGUUUUUAUUUGUUAUAUUUCUCUAAAGAGUUUUACAACAUUUCUGAUGCUUUUUCUAUGUAUAGAGUGAUACCUAAAGCUUUAGUGGCAGAUGAGAUUUCAGGAAAAACAAUCGGAGAUGUGAAGAUAGUGGGAGAUAUGCAUCAAAGAAAGUCUGAGAUGUCUAAGCAUGCUGAUGCCUUCAUAGCACUUCCUGGAGGAUAUGGAACCAUGGAAGAAUUGCUAGAGGUGAUCACAUGGUCUCAGCUAGGAAUCCAUGAAAAACCAGUGGGGUUGCUAAAUGUGGAUGGCUAUUAUGAUAGCCUGCUUGCCUUGUUUGACAAAGGAGUGGAAGAUGGUUUCAUAGAUGAUUCAGCCAGAAAUAUUGUGGUCUCAGCAAAUACACCACAAGACCUGAUCAGCAAAAUGGAGAAUUAUGUGGCAGUCCAUGAGAUAGUAGCUUCAAGACAAAGUUGGGAAGUGGACCAAUCAUUAGAGGCUACCACAAGUGGGGAACUUGUUUAAAAAUCCUAAUCAACACCUUUAACAAUGUGUACAUAUACAAGUAUAUUUCAUGUCAUCAUUCACUUCCCCUUUAAUCAACUAGGAAAAGACAUAAUCUCUCUUUCAAUCUCAAGUGGGGAGAUCCUAGAUCCCAUUUCAUUAUUGUGUACCCUCUAUAAUUGUACAAAACUUGUAUUUAAUUCUAUUAAAAGUGCUUUCUCUUUCA